AUGACCGCCAUAAAAUCAUUUCCCACCGAGCUCGCUCACACACUCAAAACACACAAUGGCCCCGUCAACGCCGUGACCUUCUCCAGCUAUCCCGGCACAUACAUCCUCACAGGGUCCUCCGACCGGGCCGUCCACCUGACGCGUGCCCUACCCAGCAACACAACCGCCGGCGCCGAAACCACCUCGCCGAUCCAGAAAUACGAGGCGCACGGCUACUCGGUGCUCGACGUCGCCGUCGCAUCGGACAACGCGCGGUUCGCGAGCGUCGGCGGCGACCGCCAGGUCUUCCUCUGGGACGUGGAGCACGGCGGCACGACGAGACGGUGGAGCGGACACGGCGCCAGGGUCGAGGCGGUGCAGUUUGCAGGCGAGGGUGAUUCGGUGGUUGUUUCUGGAAGCGCCGACACCACCAUCAACCUCUGGGACGCGCGGUCCAACAACCACAAGCCGAUCCAGACCCUCCCAGAGGCGGGCGACACCGUGUCGUCGCUGCACGUGCACAUGCCGACGUACUCGAUCGCCAGCGGCAGCUAUGACGGGCGGGCGCGCGUCUACGACAUCCGCAUGGGCCGCACUUCAGAGGACGUGUUCGGACAGCCGGUGACGAGCGUGCGGUGCUCGGCGGACGGGAACGCGCUGUUGGCGUCGACGCUGGAUAGUCGCGUACGGAUGCUGGAUCGGGCGGAUGGGAAGUUGUUGAAGGCGUUUGGAGAUGGGGUCGGGGAUGCGGAGAAGUCGAGCGCAGUGUAUCGGAACAGCGAGCUGAGGAUUCGGUCGGUGUUUGCGAAGGGCGACGCGGUCGUCCUGAGUGGGAGUGAGGCGGACAAGACGGAUAAGUCGUCCGAGGCGUGUGUGUUUGCGUGGGAUGUGCUGAGCGGCGAGGUUGUUGCGGCGGUUCCGGCUGGGAAGGGAGUCCGGGUGGUGAGUUGUGUGGCGUGGAAUGAGAAGGGAGGAUGCUGGGCCGGGGGGUGUUCGGACGGAUCCGUCAAGGUAUAUCGGUGA